UAAGCAACAUCUCAAAGAAGUCAACUUCACCGACAAUGGAGCUCAGGUUUCAACCGUCAGAUUAACCGAUAAACGGUGAGGAUUUUGUUCAAAUUUAGGACAUUUUUCCCGAAUCUCAAAUUAUCAUCAUCUCUCUCCAUCUGAGUCUUCGUCUUCUUCUCCAACUCGCUCCUUUGUCACCGACUGAGUUCCUCAGGGUUUUCUGUACAAAAGAGGUGUUUAUAUCAAAUUUGGCUUCAAAGAUACAAGUUAUCAAGAGGUAGCACUUGUGGUUCUUCUAAUGCACACAUUCUCUUGGUUGUCUUGAAAGAUUUAUCCAUGGAUCUAUCCGCAGAAGAGCUCCAAUCUUUGUCAAUACCAAAUAUCCUGAGAGAAUCAAUCUCAAUCCCCAAACAGUCCCCAAAGACCUUCUACCUCAUUACCUUAACUCUAAUUUUCCCACUUUCUUUUGCCAUCUUGGCCCACUCGCUCUUCACCCACCCACUCCUUGCCCAGCUCCAGAACCCUUAUGCUGACCCAGCACAGACUGGUCACAGAUGGAAACUUCUCCUUGUCUUCCAGUUCUGCUACCUCAUAUUCCUCUUUGCUUUCUCUCUCCUCUCCACCGCUGCUGUCGUCUUCACCGUAGCCUCUCUCUAUACCUCUAAGUCUGUCUCCUUCUCCUCUACCGUGUCUGCCAUCCCAAAGGUCUUCAAGCGCCUCUUCGUCACCUACUUAUGGGUCUCCCUCUUGAUGGUUGUCUACAACCUUCUCUUUGUUGGUUUCUUGAUUCUGUUGAUUGCAGCGAUCGAUAUCCAGAACCCAUUUUUGGUUGUUUUUUCACUUUUGGUCAUAGUCUUGCUGUUCUUGGUGGUCCAUAUCUAUAUCACUGCACUGUGGCAUCUGGCCAGUGUAGUUUCAGUUUUGGAGCCCAUUUAUGGCUUUGCCGCAAUGAAGAAGAGCUAUGAACUGCUGAAGGGAAAGACCCGGGUUGCAGCAAUGCUUGUUUUCGUGUACUUGGCAAUCUGCAUGUUUAUUGCGGGAAUAUUUGGAGCAAUUGUAGUGCACGGGGGAGCAAAAUCUGGUGUCUUUUCCAGGAUCGUGGUUGGUGGGUUCUUGGUGGGUGUUUUGGUGAUUGUGAAUUUGGUGGGUCUACUGGUACAGAGUGUGUUUUACUAUGUGUGCAAGAGCUACCAUCAUCAAGGGAUUGAUAAGAGUGCUUUGUAUGACCACCUUGGUGGCUACCUUGGAGAAUACGUCCCCCUGAAAAGCAGCAUUCAGAUGGAAAACUUGGACGCCUGAUCAAGUGACAGUCACAUAGGUGAUGGGAGUGCCAAUGUCAACGAGUUAGUGUGUAAAAAAAAAAACACAUAAGAAAAAAGUAAAAAGAAACAAAUUGUGGACUGCUGUGAUCUUCGUAGUUGCAUUUCUCAAAUGGAAUAAGACAUGUCCUUAAGUCCUCACUUUUGAUGAAUUUCUCAAGUGAGUUAUUUUCAUAAUGAUUGUGGUAAAGGAAUGGUUCGUAUUCAUUUACUCAUACUUAUGGGCAUAAUUAUAUUGGCUUCUCUUUUCUAUGGCCCUAUA